AUGGCUCCCAAUACCGCGGCGAAGAAGCGGAAUUCCGCCAAAGACGACGAUUUCGUGCUGACGCUAUCGGACGAUGAGAACACUACCUUCGGCGAUGAGGGUGAAGAUGGAAAUGACGAAAUGGAGGCAGAGACAAAGUCCGCCGGAACAAACAAGCGCAAGAGAGAAUCCGCGGAGACUCCCAAAGGCGGAAACAAGAAGCAGAAGCAGAAGGAGCAAUUGAAAAAGGGAAAGAAGAAGGAGGAUGCUCCUGAGCCUGAGGAAGAAUCUGAGGAAGAGGAGGAAGACUUCGGCGGCGAGGAUGACGGUGCUUUGAACCCCGAUUUUGAAUUUGAUGUCGGCGGCGCUGCGAACCACGGGGUGACCGAAGGCUUCGAUGGAUGGGGCAUGGGCGAUGCCGAUAAUGAGGCUUCUUCUAAGGGUGGAGAUAAGAAAGCGGUUGAUAUCGACGACAUCAUUUCGAGGAGGCAAGCAAAGAAAGAGGCCGAAUUGAAGAAGAAGCAGAAGAAGAUUCAAAAAGAGAAGGAGGAAGAGGAUGACGCUGAGUCUGACGGGGGAAUGUCCGUGGAUUUCAAAGAUGAUGAAUUGCUUGCCGAUGAUGGGUUUGGAAUGGGAGCCGACGGCGAGGACGAGAGCGAAAACUCGGAGCAAGAAGACGGCUCUGAUUCUGAGGACGACGAUAACGAAAAACAGAACAGUGACGCCGAAAUGGAUGACGAUGAUGAUGCUGCUUCUGAUAAUGAUUCCGUUGCUACUCCAGUCCAGCACCCCGACGAUGUUGCUUCUGAUAGGGAGUCGGAUGUUGAAAGUGAGGUCGACGCCGAAGAAGAAGAAAAGCGCAAGGCCUUCUUCGCCCCCGAGGAGAAAUCCGAUGAGAAAUCCGGUACCGAAACAACCAAGAGAUCAUUCCAGGAAUUCAACCUAUCUCGCCCAAUCCUUCGAGGAUUGGCCGCUGUCGGCUUUACGAACCCAACUCCCAUCCAGUCGAAGGCAGUUCCCGUGGCCCUUCUUGGUAAGGAUAUUGUCGGUAGUGCGGUGACAGGUUCCGGAAAGACUGCAGCCUUUGUUGUCCCCAUUCUUGAACGUCUACUCUUCCGCCCUCGGAAGGUCCCAACAAGUCGUGUCGCGAUUCUGAUGCCCACUCGUGAAUUGGCGGUUCAAUGUUACAACGUGGCCACCAAGUUAGCCACAUUCACUGACAUCACAUUCUGUCAGCUUGUCGGUGGUUUCAGCCUCCGAGAGCAGGAGAAUCUGUUGAAGAAGCGACCUGAUGUGAUUGUCGCUACCCCCGGACGUUUCAUCGAUCACAUGCGCAACUCGCCAAGUUUCACAGUAGACACGCUCGAAAUCUUGGUUCUGGAUGAAGCAGACCGGAUGCUGGAGGACGGUUUCGCCGAUGAAUUGAACGAGAUUUUGACGACUAUUCCCAAGUCUCGACAGACCAUGCUUUUCUCGGCCACAAUGACCGACACUGUCGAUAAGCUUAUUCGGGUUGGACUCAACCGUCCUGUUCGAUUGAUGGUUGACGCCAAGAAGAACACCGCUGUGACCCUGGUCCAAGAAUUCGUCCGGUUACGACCAGGACGGGAGGACAAGCGCUUGGGAUCCCUUCUCCAUCUUUGCAAAGAGAUCUACACUGGACGAGUAAUCAUCUUCUUCAGACAGAAGCGCGAGGCCCACAGAGUUCGCAUUAUCUUCGGACUUCUGGGACUGAAAGCCGCAGAGCUCCACGGUAGCAUGAGCCAGGAACAGCGUAUUAAAAGUGUCGAGAACUUCCGAGAUGGCAAGGUGGCGUUCCUCUGUGCAACCGACCUGGCCUCUCGUGGUCUGGAUAUCAAGGGCGUCGAAACCGUCAUCAACUACGAAGCACCCCAGUCCCACGAGAUUUACUUGCACAGAGUUGGUCGAACUGCCCGUGCGGGCCGUUCCGGUCGUGCAUGCACCAUUGCGGCGGAACCGGACCGCAAGGUUGUCAAGGCAGCUGUCAAGGCCGGUAAAGCGCAAGGGGCCAAGAUUGCUAGUCGGGUGGUUGAAACUGCAGUUGCAGAUGAGUGGGCCAAGAAGGCUGAGGAACUGAGUGGGGAGGUUGACGAGGUUCUCGAGGAGGAGAAGGUGGAAAAGCAGCUGUCACAGGCCGAGAUGCAAUUGCACAAGGGUGAGAAUUUGAUCAAGCACGAAGCGGAGAUCAAAUCGCGGCCCAAGAGAACCUGGUUCGAGACUGAGCGCGAGAAGCGACAGGCCCGUAAAGUGGGAGCUGAGGAGCUGAAUGGACCGGGUGCAGCCAAGUCGAAGAAGGACAAACAAAAGCUGAGCAACAAGGACAAGAAGAGACUGGAUGAUACCCGGCAGCGUCUGGAUGGAAACAUCGGAUGGAAGAAGGGCAAGACGGAUCGGGAGGCACCGAAGCAGCAGGGCAAGGACAAGAAGGGCAAGAACGCAAAGAAGGGGAAGAAAUAA